CUUUAAAACACAGCUCAUUGCCUACCCUUUUUUUCCCUAUCGAGAACCACCAUGUCAAAAACUGAGGAACAUAUUUUCCGAAGCCGAUACCCGGCAGUCCCGGUGCCGGAGAAUAUGACAAUACCGGAAUUUGUACUUCAAGAUGCUGAAUUGUAUGCAGAUAAGGUAGCAUUUGUGGAAGCUGUGACAGGAAAGUGCUAUACUUAUGGAGAGUUAGUUAGAGAAACUAAAAGGUUUUCCAAGGCCUUGAGGUCUAUUGGGCUUAGAAAGGGGCAAGUUGUAAUUGUUGUGCUGCCAAAUACUGCUGAAUAUGGCAUUAUAGUUCUAGGAAUAAUGGCUGCCGGUGGGGUUUAUUCUGGUAUUAAUCCUGCUGCAACUGAAUCUGAAAUUAAAAAGCAAGUGGAGACUGCCAAUGCUAAAUUAAUCGUCACAGAUGAUGUUAGUUAUGGACAGCAGGUGAAGCAUCUAGACAUUCCUGUCAUUGUAGUAAGCGAAGUGCGGGUAGGAAAUGCUAUGAAUUGGAACGAGCUACUAAAUGCAGCAGAUCGCGCAACGGAUAAAUUUGCAUAUGAGCAAGUUCAUGAUUAUGAUCUAUGUGCACUUCCAUUUUCGUCAGGCACGACAGGGAUUUCUAAAGGAGUAAUGUUAACUCAUCGAAAUUUAGUAGCUAACCUGUGCUCUAGUCUUUUCAGUGUAGGACCUGAACUGGUUGGUCAGGUUACUACAUUAGGGCUAAUUCCAUUUUUUCACAUAUAUGGAAUUGCUGGCAUAUGUUUUGCAACACUUAGGAAUAAAGGGAAAGUGGUCGUGAUGAGAAAAUUUGAACUAACUACAUUUUUGGAUGCACUUAUUACACAUGAGGUCACUUUUGCACCAAUUGUUCCACCAAUUAUUUUGGCCUUGGUUAAGAACCCCAUAGUAGAGAAAUUUGAUCUUACAAAGCUCAAACUUAGGGCCAUUAUGACUGCUGCUGCUCCACUUGCUCCUGAUCUACUAGCUGCCUUUGAAAACAAGUUCCCUGGUGUCCAAGUCCAAGAGGCAUAUGGACUGACUGAACACAGCUGCAUCACACUAACUCAUGGAGAUCCUGAAAAGGGUCAUGGAAUUGCAAAGAAAAACUCAGUAGGGUUCAUCCUUCCAAAUUUGGAAUUAAAAUUUAUAGACCCUGAUACUGGUCUAUCUCUACCCGAGAACACCCAUGGCGAAAUUUGUGUAAGAAGCCAAUGUGUUAUGCAAGGUUACUACAACAAUAAGGAGGACACAAACAACGCUAUUGACGAGGAUGGAUGGCUACACACAGGUGAUAUUGGUUAUAUUGAUGACGAUGGAGAUAUUUUCAUUGUUGAUCGAAUCAAAGAACUAAUCAAGUACAAAGGCUUUCAAGUAGCUCCUGCAGAGUUGGAAGCUAUACUCCUCGCACAUCCCUCGGUUGAAGACGCAGCAGUUGUGCCGCUUCAAGAUGAAGAGGCUGGGGAGAUUCCUGUUGCUUGUGUUGUGCUAAACAAAGAAGGCAAAGAAAAUGAAGAAGAUAUAAUAAACUAUGUGGCCUCUAAUGUUGCCCAUUACAAGAAAAUAAGAAUGGUGCAAUUUGUGGACACUAUUCCUAAAUCACCUUCUGGAAAAAUAAUGAGAAGGCUUGUUAGAGAAAAGAUGAUUGAGAAGAUGCAAAGACAAAGCUAGCUAAUGGCCAAAAAUUACACCUAAAACUUUAAUUACUUUUUGAGGGAUUAAUGUUAAUUAAUAAUGAUGUUCCUUGACUUGUUUAGUAAUGAUAAUCCCUCUUUUGUUUUUUUUU